ACAACGAAGAAGAAAGAAGGGGUCAGCUGAUGCUUUUAUCCGGAAAUGUAAAGUAGCAGCGGUUUUUACAGGAGAAAACAAAUAACCAAAUACACGAAUAAGGUUUUGACAAGCAAAUAUAUUACAUUGUGUCGAGGUUUUAUAUCCGUGUGACAGCAUGAAAGGUUUAUACUGCCGAGCUGCUGCGAGCGACGCGCAGCCCAAGUUCGUCAUUCAGGAAGCGACUCUUCCAGAGGAGUUAGGCAGCCAUCAGGUCAGAGUCCAGGUGAAGGCGUGUGGACUCAGCCCUCUGGACCUCAAGUUGCUCGCCGACGUCGGGAUCCAGAGAGAUUUGAUUCCUGUCGGCAGAGAGGUCGCCGGUGUCGUCCUGCAAGUUGGUCCAAAGGUUUCAUUUUUCCAGCCUGAGGACAAGGUUGUAGGUAUUCUUCCCCUGGACUCUCCCUGCUCUGGACUCUGUGACGCAAUUGACAUAGAUGAACACUAUUUAGUUCAGAAGCCAGAGAAGCUCAGCUCUGUGUGUGCUGCGGCAUCACUACGUGACGGCCUAUGCGCUUACACUGCUCUACACACACAUGCUCGCAUAGCAGCCGGACACACACUCCUGGUCAUGGACGGAGGCAGUUCUUUUGGCCUGAUGUGCAUCCAGCUGGCCUGUUACCACGGAGUGAAGGUCCUGACGACAUCACAUUCGCCACAGGAUCACACUUUCCUGGAGCAGCUCCGGCCCAGCGUAGGUGUUCAGGAUCCUUUAGUCGCCAGGGUGAUUCAGGUCAACAACGGCUCGUCGGACCUGCUGCCACUGGUGUUGGAGGAGACUGGAGGACUGGGAGUGGAUAUCGUGAUCGACUCUGGAGUUCGUCUGCAGGACGAGGAGGAACCGGAGGCGAUGAAACUGCACCCACACAAACAUGACAUCAUCAGCGUGCUGGGAGUCGGGGGCCACUGGGUCACAUCCCACCAAGACCUGCAGCUGGAUCCUCCAGACUGUAGAUUACUGCAUUUAAAAUCAGCCUCCCUGUCGUUCCUCAACCCUGAGGUGUGGACAGCUUCGUCGGCUCAGCAAGGACGGUACCUCCAUAUUCUGAGGGACAUUGUGGAGAAGAUGUCGACCGGAGUACUCAGACCUCGGCCCGAGGAGGCGGUCCCGCUCUAUGAAGCCACGGUUGUCAUGGAGACCGUCCAGCGACAGCAGAAGAAAAAAGCUGUCGUUCAACUCUGAGGCGCUUCGCAGAGUCGUAGCCCCACGGUUCAAUACGUUUACUUCUUCUUUAUUGCUUCUUUUUCUUCUGUUAAAUGUCGUAAUUUAACAGUUACAGUCGCCUUUUUUACCUGUUAAAUUGUUGUUUGGAGGCUGAAACCAGUCACAACGAGCAUCAUGCAGAAGACUGAAGAAUAAACCUGUCGCCUUUUCAUUAUCAACACAGAGAAACAGACAUAUUUACACCUGGAAACAGGAGGCUCCGGAAACGUUUGACUUUAAACUGAAACCGAUAAAAGAGCCAGUGUGUUUCCUUCAAAUACAGAUACUUUGGCCCCAAUCAGUCUCUAAACCUGUGAAUCUGUGUGAGACCAAAAUCACAUUAAAAGCCUCUGUGGUCACCGUUUGUCAUGUUAUAGUUCUCGGAGAAUCCAUUAACCUAUAUUUGACUCAAUAAGUAUAGAUUUCACAUGACAGAAAUGCUGAUGAUUUAACAAAAUUGUUGAUUUUGGUGUAAAUAAAUCAAAAUCUAUGUUACGUCUUAAAAAAGGGUUGUGUGAUGUCACAUCUCAAGCUUGUGAACUUUGUAAUUACUUGAACAAAAUCCAGUGGAAAUAAGAGAAUCUUUUUUUUUUAUUACUGUACUGUGCCAUUUAAUUAUAAAACAAAUAAUAAUAAAAAAACAUGACUUAGA